AUGUCGACUCCUGUGGAGGAGCUUUCGGCUCCCAGAUACCCAGAAGACAAGAAGAAGGAGAGAACCGAUGAAGUCCCAACCUUCGAUGAUGGUGUCUAUGGCGAUGAAACCUGGAAUGAUAGUAAUCGGGUUCACCUCCAAGUCGAUACUGCCUCGUACGACGAUCUAGACAGGACCGCAUUGCGUUCCCCAUCAGCCACAAGAGAGCAGGCCAAGCGUCUUGAAGAUGACCUGGCUGUUCUCGAGGCAGAGCGUGUGGCAUCCCGUUCCGCUCGUGACGAGCGCGAAAGAGAAGACGGAGCAGGAGACAGCCAUUCCAUCUCGCGAACUCGCUCGCGGCGCUCCCAGACCGUUGAUGAAUUCGAUGAAGCUACCAACCCAUUGCACGAAAAGGCCGCUGUCUACAACCCCCCGGAGGACCCCAACACCAGUUUUGCGAAGUUCAUCAAAAAGAUUCACGAGUCCAGCUUCCUAAUUCGAUAUGUCACGUACAUUGUCCCUUUGGUCCUCAUUCUGCUAAUCCCGUUAUUGGUCGGGGCCCUGGCAUACCCGGAUGCCAACGUUGGAGGUGUCAAAUUGCUGUGGUUUUCGGUCUGGUUGGAAAUCGUUUGGUUAACUUUGUGGGCCGGUAGAAUCGUGGCGAAGUGUAUACCCAUCCCAGUAGGGUUGUUGGCCAGUGUUUUCACCAAUAACGCAAAGAAAUGGCGCGACUUGGCAAAGCAACUGGAGCUCCAUGCCACACUUUUCUUCUGGUGGCUGGGUGUUGAAGUCUCAUUCUUGCCCACAAUGACAAACCACCACGUCGAUGGCAACCGCGGGACGCGUGAAUGGGAGAGGACCGUCAACAAAAUCAUCAUUUCUGUCUUCGUUUUCGUGAUUCUGAACCUAAUCGAGAAAUUCAUCAUCCAGCUGAUUGCAAUCAGCUUCCAUACACGUACCUACGCCGAUAGAAUUGAGAUCAAUAAGUUCCAGAUUGGCAGCUUGACCAAACUGUAUGAUUUCUCUCGGAAUAAGAUCUCAGACAAUGAUGAGGAUUUUGAAGAGAAAGAGAAGAAUAAUGAUAACGGGAUGAAGACCCCUCUCCAAAUCGCCGGAAAGGCACAGCGAGCUGCCAAGGGCGCUUUGAACAAGGUUGGUGAUGUGGCAGGCGCGGUUGCUGCGGACUUCACUGGCCGCAAAGCCACAAACAGUACACAACCCUAUCAGGUUGUCCUCACCUUAUUACGGACCACGUCCGGUUGUCAAGUUCUCGCCCGUCGGCUGUACCGGACUUUCGUACGUGAUGGCUUCGAUACUGUCUUCUCGGGCGACUUGAAGGAAGCUUUCGACAAUAAUGACGAGGCAGACGCUGCAUUCGUCAUGUUCGACAAAGAUAUGAAUGGCGACAUCUCCAUGGAUGAGCUGGAGGCAGUGUGCGUGGAAAUUGGACGCGAACGCAAGUCCAUUACCGCUUCUUUGAAGGAUCUGGAUUCAGUUGUGUCCAGGCUUGACAACGUCCUGGAGUUCUUCGUGGCCGUCAUUACCCUCAUUGUCUUCCUUUCCCUUAUCUCUACGUCGGCGGCAGGUGUGCUCACAUCCGCUGGAUCCAGUAUUCUAGCCUUAUCCUGGCUUUUCUCUGCCACCGCGCAAGAGUUCCUCCAGUCGGUUGUCUUCGUUUUCAUCAAACAUCCCUUUGACGUCGGAGACCGUGUUACAAUCUACGGCAACUCGGGCGAUGCUGGUCUUGGUGACGACUAUUUCGUCAAGCAGAUCUCCUUACUCUACACGGAAUUCAAGAAGAUGCAGGGUCACAUUGUCCAGGCGCCGAACAGCUAUCUCAAUACUCUUUUCAUCCUCAAUCAGCGCAGAUCUGGCGCCCUCGCCGAGGCAAUCCCCAUCGUCAUCAAGUAUGGAACAACACUCGAACAGAUUGAUGCUCUUCGUCAGCGCCUCCUGGAGUUUGUCCGAAGUGAGCGACGUGAGUUCCAGACCAACAUCCUCACUGAGAUGCGCCAGGUGACCGAAAACUUCUCCGUGACCCUCAACGUUGUCUUCUUCUAUAAGUCGAACUGGCAAAAUGAAGGGCUGCGUCUGCAGCGCCGCAACAAGUUCAUCUGCAUGCUCAUGAUUGCCUUGCAAGAGAUUGGUAUCGAAGGGCCACGCAUGAACCUUCAGGGUGCCAGCGUGGACAUUCCGUUCCAUGUCGCUGGUUUCCCUCAGCAAACGUCCUCCAACAACGACAGCCGCCCACCAGGAACUCCCUUGAGCGGGCGACACGACCUUCCCGAGAACACCGGCGUCAGCAACUCCAGUGCCAUGCGUCACCCGUCGAUCCUUCGCAAAGGUGCAACAACCGCCGCUGCCCGCGCUCGCGGCGACACGAUGCAAUCCCGCAAGCAUGUCGACUUCUCUCUGGGUAUGCGCGACGUAUCUUCUAGCGAUGUGAUGGGCGAUGUUUUUGAAGAUCGUGCUCAGCGAGUCGAUGAUGUCGUACGGUUCACCAACCGAGAAACCGCCGAGCGUCGCAUCCAGGAAGAAGAGGAAGAAGAGGCUGAGCGCCGUAGCCACCGCUCCUCUUCCUCCCGGCCACGCGCUAACUCCAACCUAAGCGUACCCUCCGCUCCAGGUGAAGGCCGUCGGUCGACUGAAUCCCAAGGCGGCCGUAGCAUAGCUUCAUCCGUCAGUCGCAACCGAUUCUUCCGCCACCGAACCAGUCUCUGCCGAGAACAUGAGGAUCUUGCCGAGCAAGGACGUUACGACGCACUCACUCAAAUCCGUACCGUUUCACCCUCUGGACGAAGCCUCGAUCGACCAUCAGAACGGUAA